AUGUUGGAUCUACAACAGACAGCUGACAGCCCGAGUAUGAGCCCGGACCUGAGGCAGACAGCUGCGAACUCAAAACCGAUGCAGCUAGCUGACAACUCACAAUCAGAGGACAUCAGUGGGAAUGGGACAUUAAAUAAUCUAGGCUAUGCAGAUGCCGGAUGCCAGACUGAGCUAACAAUGGAUGACAUCAAGAAGAUGGAGGAUGUUCUGGCACAAAACACAACAGAGUUGAGUGAUCUUAGGACCAAGGCACUGGACACGCAGUUCAACCAGGAGUCCUUUGAAAAAAACGAAGAGAAGACAAAAUUCUACACAGGGCUCCCCAAUUUCUUAGUUUUAAUUCAGAUAUUUGAACUGUGUAAGCCUUACAUCACCUGUGGACCCAUGUCUGUGCUGCCUAAAUUUGAGCAAUUCAUUUUAGUUUUGAUGAGGCUGAGACUAAAUCUCCCACUGAAAGAUUUAGCUUUCAGGUUCAGGAUCUCUCUGCCCACUGCUUCUAGAGUUUGGCAUAAAGUAAUUGACAUACUUCAUCAAAGGUUAGAAUUUCAAAUUGAGUGGCCAGAGCGACAUGUACUAAAAGACACAAUGCCAAUGGCAUUCAGACAGGCAUUUGGACAUAGAGUUGCUGUAAUAGUUGACUGUUUCGAAGUUUUUAUUGAGAGGCCCUCCAAUUUACUCGCCCAAGCACAAACAUGGUCAAAUUACAAACAUCACCACACAGUAAAAUUUCUGAUAGGUGUUGCACCCCAAGGCUAUGUUACUUACAUAUCUUGUGCCUGGGGAGGGAGAGUCAGUGAUAAGCAGAUCACGUUAGAGAGUGGCCUCCUAAAAAACCUGUUACCUGGAGAUAUUGUCCUAGCAGACCGUGGGUUUAAUAUUGGUGAUAGUGUGGGAUUUUACUGUGCUUCACUACAGAUACCUGCAUUUACCAAGGGGAGAAAACAGCUGUCAGCAUAUGAGGUGGCUGAAACUAGAAAAAUAGCAAAUCUGCGCAUUCAUGUUGAGAGAGUCAUAGGUUUAGUCAGAAGAAAAUAUCAGAUUCUGCAAAGCAGGGCUAUGCCCAUAGAGCAUAUGACAACUAAACCAGGAGAGGCACUAGCACUGAUUGACAAAAUUGUGGUCAUUUGCUGUGUCUUGUCUAAUCUUUCGGAGUCUGUCGUCCCAUUGGAGUAG